GUCCGCUCCUACAAUGGCUACCUGAGGUUCAGGGUCCACAGCGAGGGCGGCAGCAGGAACUUCCCAGAGCAGAUCCUGCAGACGUAUCCCCUGGUGUCUCUGCAGGGGAACUGGCAGCUGGUCCUGGAGUAUUACCCGCCCUCGAUAUCCGCUGAUGGGCGCUACGAAGUCAAACUCCACGAAGAUUACUGGCGCCUGAAGAGCAAACCGAAGAAAGUGUCUCGAGAGAUGAUGAUGAUCGCGCUGCAGAACAUCCAGCACAUUUUGAUCCGCGCGACACACGCAGCCGACGCCACAACCGCUUCCCUUCACGACGUCACCAUGGACAUCGCUGCCGAAGGGUCGCCGGUGUCCUCGCGCGUGGCCCUGGGCGUCGAGCAGUGCUUCUGCCCCAAGAGCUACUCGGGAACCUCGUGCCAGAACCCCAAUAUUGGCUUCUACCGCUGGUACAAGCAGAACCACAUCCAGUCGACCAUCAUCAUCGACCUCGUGGGCGAGUCGAGGCCGUGUCGCUGUAGCGGGCGCUCGGAGACGUGCGACUCGGAGACGGGCGUGUGCAAGAACUGCCGAGACAACACCAUGGGGCCCAACUGCGAGGUCUGCGCCACAGGGUACUACGGCAACCCCUCGAGAGGCCCCUGCAAACCCUGUGCGUGCCCGUCGAGGGAGCAGAAUUUCGCCGAAACGUGCCAGGCGGAUCGCUUUGCCGAGUACAUCUGCCACUGUCGCGUCGGGUACACGGGAGACAAGUGCGAUAGAUGUGACUUCGGCUACUACGGAAGGCCUGCGGAGCCCGGCGGUUCUUGCCAGCCUUGCAAUUGCGAUCCCUUCGGCAGCGUGCACGAGGGUUGCGAUGCCGACGGUCGUUGCACGUGCAAGCAAGGCAUCACCGGCAGGGAUUGCUCGCAGUGCGCUCCUCGUCACGUGACCUCGGAGGCGGGUUGCAUUUCCUGCGAGGACGGGUGCGUAAAUAUCUUACUUGACGAAGUGGAAGACAUGAUUUCGUCUGUGACUUCCAUUGAUGUUGAUGGCUACAUCCCCGCGCCCUGGCCCUCCAUCCGACAGAUUCAAAACGUGACCAAACUUCUCCGGACGCAACUCACGCGAUACCACAGCAACGUCGACAGCUCCCAGGAAAUGGUCAUCAACUUCGACCUGGACUAUUACGCCAGGGACCAGCUGCGGAGGGCGGAAGCACUGGAGAUCUCGGCGAGAGAGACGUACCCACCCACAGCCAAGAUAAAAUCCGAUGCACAGUUCGUGUUGGACUUGUUGAGGAAUGUCCAUGGCCAGCUCGAAGAGACGAUCGCGUACCUGAAGAACUACGCCAUAGGAGAGACACCCAGCAUCUCGGUGGGCGGGGCACUGAUGGAGGCCGAGAAGAUCCUGAAGGAGAUUCAGAUGAGGAACUUCACGCAGUUCGACGAGGAUGCCGAGGUCGAACUAAGCAAAUCCCGGAGCCUUCUCGAUCGCGUCAUGAAAAUGGUGCAGCAAAUGCCUGUCCUUGGGGCGCUCAGGGACUUGGUCAACGAGAUCAGAGACAAGCUGAACGAACUCAGAGAAAAGAUUAAAACUUCGAACGGAAAGGUCGAUGAGGCGGCGAUCCUCAACCUGGACAACCGAGAGAGGCUGGAGAGAGUGAAGAACUAUUCCCUGCAGAUCAAGAACAGAGAACAGGUGCUCCAGAAGCAGAACUUCAACGCGACGAGGCAGACGAAGGGCGCCAAGGAGAACCUGCAGCUUGCCAUCUCCAAUUAUGACGACUUGAUAAGGAUGCUGGUCGACCUGAGGAACAGCUCGAACUUCCUCGAGGACUUCCACGUCAUGCUCAGGAAGCUCAACAACGAGUACAGGGAGACUUACGUGAAGAGAGCUCAUGACCACGCCAUGGAGCUCAUGAGGGUUGCCAUUAGGCUGCAGAGCUUGUUCAACAAGACGCGCGAUGUCGCCGACGGCCCGCUGAGAGCAGCACAAGCCUACCAGAGGAUCGUGGACGCCCUGCUGAGCGCGCGGGAGGCCGCCAGGAACGCCUCGCACGCCGCCGAGACAGCAUACACCGUGGCUUACCCCGGCGACCCUGAGAACUCCCUGGUCCGUCGAGCCAGCUUAUCCUUCGACAAAUCCGGAGGUCUGCGCACCAAGGGCGAAGGCCUGCGCGCGACGGUGGGGCAGCAGGCGACCAACUUGGAGAACCAGCAGGAGGCGCUGAAGAGGACCAGCAGCGACCUCGUCAAGACGGAUGAGCGGCUGAUUGCGCUCAACGCCAUCUUGGAUUCGCAGAUUACGUCAGGCAUAUCCUCGGACAUCCACCGAUCCCUGGAGAGAAUUGCCACGGCGCAUGACAACGUCCAGAACACCUUCGACCGCGUGACGGCGAUCCAUGGCAACCUGACCAUCAUCCGAGAGCGCGCUUUGGAGCUCAACCGGAUAGACACGUCGCUGCUCAACGAAGUUCGGGACACGAUAACGAGAGGCGAAAGUACGACCAUGAAGGGAGUCCGGUUGUCGUCGAACCUGCAGAAGACAGUCGCCAGGAUCGAGAACCGGUUCACGGAUCUCAGCGACAGGAUCGAAGCCCUUAAACGCAAGAUCAAGCAGACCAGACAAUACGCUUCGUCGAUUCGCGUCUCACUAACGACCAACUCGUCUGGAAUUUGUACGAGGAAAUACAAACCAGCGUUACAGCCUUCAACAACUACGAAUAUUGUACUCAGUUAUGCCAUUCAGGACAGGACUGUGAAGAAUGCCCUUUUGCUGUACUUGGGAUCGCAUAACUCGAGUGACUUCAUGGCCGUGGAGAUGUUCAACCGCAAGAUAGAGUUCAUUUGGGACGCCGGAGGAGGAACAAAGAGAAUCGUGCAUCCCCUGAGGCUCUUGACUAACGACCAGCAAGUCACCGACGACACGAAAUGGUACCACAUCAGCAUCAACAGGAUCGGAAACAUAGGUCAGCUCACCGUCCUGCCCGCGAACUUGCCUCCGGGAACAGAGGCUGACACGACCCCCGUCAGCGGUGCCUCGCCUGCUGGGUUUAGCAAGAUGGACCUCCUGCCGACGGACACCCUGUGGAUUGGCGGAGCUCCCCCGCGGGCACAGAACGUCGUGAAAGCCAAGAAGUUCGCCGGCUGCCUCCACACGGUCUUCAUCGACGGGGAGAACAUUGGCCUGUGGAACUUCACGGAAUCCGUAGGCUGCGGCGCCUGCAAUGAAGGAGAAAAGCUGGUCCUGCGCCAGACGAACGAGAUCGCCGUGGGCUUCAACGGGAAGGGCUACUUCAAGGGCACCAACAGGAUACGGCGACCGAAGCAGUACUACUCGACGGUGCUCGCCUUCAAGACGCUCGACGAGGACGCGCUCCUCUUCCUGGCUGUGAACGAGGUCAAGAACCAAUACUUCAGCAUCUCCCUGGACGACGGCCACGUGGUGUUCACGGUGCAGUUCGACCGCCAGACGCGCCUCAUCAUGAAGUCGGGCAAGAAACACAAUAAUAACGAGAUGAUUCAGAUUCAGGCGAUCGUCCAGAAUAAGGCCAUGGGAGGAGCUCGUAUGGGCAGGCUGGUGGUGGGCGACCAAGAUCAGCUGGGCACCGUCAAGGGAGGACCUGACCUUGACCUCUCCUACGUGCCCUACUACUUCGGAGGCGUCGACCCCGAGUUCGACAGGAAUAGAUGGGGCAGUGAGUUAGUCCUGCGAUCUCUCCUGGGCUGCAUGGGAAGGCUCAGUGUCUUGGACGAGGGCAAGAAUCCUCUGACAGAUGGGCAGUUCUACGGCAUUGAGAACACAUGCACGGAGAAACCUCUGAACGAGGUUGGCUUCCUAGGACAAGGCUUCGUGGAGCUUCCAUCCCAUGUGCUGAAGCGCGAGUCCAACUUCGGCUUCACUUUCCAGACCAUGGAAUCCGAUGCCCUCCUGAUGCUCUCGACCUUCGUAGGGCAGGACAAUGAAACAGAAGGAGAUAUGUCAGCACCCACCACCACCACCACAACCACAACACCCACUCCUCUGGAGCCAGGCGAGGUCCACCCCCCCGACUUCUACUCGGUGUCACUCGUCGAGGGUCACUUAGACAUCCAGCUCAACGGGGGAACUGGGAUCGAGAGAAUCAUGUCUGCUGAGAAGUUCAACGACGGCCAAUUGCACUCCAUCUCCGUCAUCAAGGAAAACAGAAGAGUGACCCUGAAAGUCGACGACCGAGAAGUCAACAGCACGAGGCUGGACCGCGGGGGGCAGGUUCUCUACGGCCCCAACACGGGAGGUCUCUACUUCGGCGGCGUUCCUCAGGGCCUCGACAUUGUGACGAUGGUCGGUUCCUCCAGCCCCUUGAAGGGUUGCAUUCGGGACGUCAUCGUGAACAACAAGGUGCUUCCUUUCAAUCAGCCAAUUCAGUUCCAAAAUGUGUACAUUGGAAGGUGUGCUGACGUACCAGCCACAGCCAUGCAAGGAAUGGAAGGUGAUAUGAAGGUGAUCGACUCGUGCAUGCCCCCCACACAGCACACGGUGGAGUACAGAGCCCUCAAGUUCGGCGACAAGUUGGACUCCCACGUCAUGAUUCCUCUCGACCGAAACACGUUCAAGAAGGACUUCAAUAUAUCCUUCGAAUUUAGGACCUAUUAUCCCAAUGGCUUGUUCUUCUUGGCCUCGCACACAAGGAAGAAGCAGACGCAGACCCUUCUGGCACAGCUGAAGAACGGAAGGGUGACGGUGACCAUGAAGAGGAGGAAGAAGGAGAGCCAGAUCGUGUCGGGCCCGGGACUCAACACGGGGAGGUGGAGGAAGGUGAUCAUCCGCAAGGCCAAGAAGCGCAUGUGGCUCACCGUGGACAAUCAGCUGAUCAAGAAGGUGAAGGCUCCUCGCAAGUUCAACGUGGGGCAAGAGCUGUUCCUGGGCAGCGUGCCGUCCAACGUAGCCAGGCCGGAGGACGUGCAGAUCACAGAGACCCUCCGCGGCUGCCUCCGGAAUCUCAACAUUAACGACGAGGAGUUCGAGAUCCCGAGCAACAGAAGGGCGGACAGGAUCGUGGGCGUCGGGCAGUGCUUCGCCAGCGUCCAGCCAGGCUCCUAUUUCCCAGGGGACGCCUAUGCCAUUUACAGCAACAGCUUUAAUGUGGGCGCCUUGCUCGAGCUGAGGCUGGAGUUCCGGACGUGGGAGCUGAACGGCAUCAUCCUCUCCGUGGCGGACCCGGCGGGCGCGGCGCUGUCGCUCGAGAUGGUCAACGGCGCCGUGGUGCUGAGCGUGAACAUGGGCGUGGGCCACUCCUUCAGCGCCCGCGUCAGCCUCAAGAACAAGUUCAGCCUGUGCGACAACAAGUGGCACACCGUCAAGGCCAACUACGUCAAGGACUCGCUCACCCUGAGGGUCGACAAGCACCGCGAGGCCUACGGCUUCAACGGCUCCAACAACGAGAAGGGGACGGUCACCGACGCGCCCCUGUUCGUGGGCGGGCUGCCGGAGUCGGCUCCUCAGGGCACACUCGCCACCAGGGAGAACUUCAAGGGCUGCAUCCGCAACAUCGUGAUGAACAGCGAAAGGAGAGACUGGACGGACAUGUUCCAGCUGCAGAACGUGUUAUUAAAUGCUUGUCCUGUGCUAUGAUGAAAAUGACCCGCUUAUUUCUUGGGCUUAAAUUCUUUUUGCAUAUUUAUAACUCGGGCCACAGGCGGUUUGGGCAGUUCGGGACUUGGCUGCUGAUUUUACCAGGAAAAGAAAUUCUAUGAUUAAAAAAAAAAAGAUCUUUUAAUAUAAAUAUGUAUGUAUGUAUGUAUGUAUGUAUAUAUGCAUACAUAUACCAUGCAUAUUGUUUUACUGAAUUUGAGAAAUAAUGUGUUUGGAUUUCAUUACAGUCCAAAUAAGUAUAACGUAACCCGAUGUAUUUUUCCUUACAAUAUGUUAAUAUAUUGUGGACCCUCGUAACUAGUACAUAAACAUAUUUCAUAUAAGAAAAUAAGCUUGAUCCUGAUGUAAUAACAUAAUUUUUGUUUAGCAUUUUAUUUUGGAAAUAUCAGUUAAAAUGAACUGAAAAAGAUAAAACAUUUUAAAAUAUUUUUUGUGUGUAUGUCACAAAAUGAGUGAAUGUUAGUUUAACUUUCUGCUUUUAACGAAAAGAGAGAAGUGCUUCAAUUUUGGUGCUUUUAUUCUCGUAUUUUUGCAACGCUUUCAUUAUUAUUGUCAUUAUUAUUGUCAUUAUUAUUAUUAUUAUUAUUAUUAUUAUUAUUAUUAUUAUUAUUAUUAUUAUCAUUAUCAUUAUCAUCAUCUUUAUUAUUAUCUUUAUCAUUAGCAUUAUUAUCAACAUUAUUAUUACUAUUAUUAUUACUAUUAUUAUUAUCAUUAUUAUUAUUAUUAUUAUUAUUAUUAUUAUUAUUAUUAUUGCGAAUGUAAUAUGUAAAAAAAAAUCAUUAAUAAAUCUCAAAAAUGUCCAUGAAAAAAGUGUUCCCAAAUCCGCACACUCUAAUAACGUUUGCAUGGCAUUCUGAAAAUUAAUGUUACCCGGAAUAACAAGGAAUGUCAUGACAGCUUCUUGUAAACUUAAUGUUAAACGCGUCCUGUGGUUAAGCAGAAUUUCUGUUGUUACUUGACUAAACCAGCACAGUGUAUUUGCUUCAGUGUCAGAAAUUCGUAAAAAAAAAAUAGGCUGCUCAAAUUUUGUCUGUGAGAAAAAGAAGGAAAAAAAUAGUUUACCUUUUUUAAGAUGAUGCUUAACUGUGGCUGCUGUAUUUUUUAAUAGUAGUUCAUAUUUUAGCUAAACGUUUGGACUUGUCUCCUGUACUUACCUUUGUGAAUAAGUGUAAUAUACGAACGAGUGUCUAUAUUCAUUAGACAUGAAUGGAAUGUAAUAUACUAGGCAGCGUUGUGUGUUAUUUGUGUAUAUAUUGACUGCUGAGAGAAAUAUUAGAUGUACUUAUGAUUCACAAGGAACCAAGAGGUAAUUCACUUGUUAAGUGAUAUGUGUGGGAGAUUUAAAAAAUGCUUUUUAAUAAAGUGGAACUGAUUUGCCUUCUAA